AUGAGUGAAGCCACCAUCGUCGUCAACCCUCCACUGCCAUUAACGAUCCUUGGGGGACGUCGCAAACAUAGGCUGACACUGCGCAGGGAGGCCUUCAACGACAUCUACCUCAAUCUUUCCCGCAAGCCAGGCGCCACUCGAUUUUCCGAUUCUGGUUUUGGUUGGAAACCCGUAAACGGCGAGACGUACACCUGCGACCAGUCACAAAUUAUCCAGGCACAAUGGAGUCGAGCGGCACGCGGCUACGAAAUCAAGAUUCUUUCGCGCAAUGACGGCGUGAUACAACUUGAUGGUUUCAAGCAAGAGGAUUUCGAUCGCGCAGCAAAGCUCUUCAAGGUCUGGUACGGUAUCAAUCUGGACAACCGAGAGCAUGCGCUGCGUGGCUGGAACUGGGGCAAAGCCGAGUUCGGCAAGGCGGAGCUUACCUUUAAUGUCGCGAACCGCCCCGCUUUCGAAGUUCCCUAUACCGAGGUAUCGAAUACCAAUCUGGCUGGCAAGAACGAGGUUGCAGUCGACUUCUCAUUGCCCGCCGACGGCGAUGCUGGCGCGAAUGGGAGCCUUGGGGGCGCUCGGUUCAGAGGCAAGAAGUCGGCUGGUGCUCGUGACCAACUCGUGGAGAUGCGCUUCUACAUCCCAGGCGUUGCGUCAAAGAAGGAGAAGAACGAGGAUGGUGAAGACAUUUCCGGAGCAGAAGACGGCGAGGAACAAAACGCCGCAAAUCUGUUCUACGAGACCCUCAUGGACAAGGCUGAGAUUGGUGAAGUCGCUGGAGACACGUUCGCGACCUUCCUCGAUAUUCUCCAUUUGACACCCAGAGGUCGUUUCGACAUCGACAUGUAUGAGACCUCGUUCAGAUUGCGCGGAAAGACGUACGACUACAAGAUCCAGUUCGACUCCGUCAAGAAGUUCAUGGUGCUACCAAAGCCCGACGACAUGCACACGUUGAUCACAAUAGGAUUGGAUCCACCUCUGAGGCAAGGUCAGACACGCUACCCAUUCCUAGUCAUGCAAUUCAAGCGUGAUGAAGAAGUCAAUCUUGACCUCAACAUGAAGGAAGAUUUGCUAGAAGCAAAGUACAAAGACAAGCUGCAAUCACAUUACGAGGCACCUAUUGCUGUCGUCGUCUCGGAUAUUUUCCGAGGUCUCAGUGGAAAACGUAUUACCAGGCCGUCUCGCGAUUUCAUCAGUCAUCAUGAGCAGUCUGGCGUCAAGUGCUCGAUCAAAGCCAACGAGGGUCACCUUUACUGCCUGGAUAAGGCUUUCAUGUUCAUUCCCAAGCCAGCCACCUACAUCGCCAUGGACAACAUCGCAUCAGUCACCAUGUCGCGUGUCGGUGGUGCCAUGGCAGCGAGCCGGACAUUCGAUAUUACCUUUACAAUGAAAGGUGGCAUGGCAGAGCACCAGUUCUCGAACAUCAACCGUGAGGAGCAACAGCCACUCGAGAACUUUUUCCGGGCUAAAGGCAUCAAGACGAAGAACGAGAUGGCAGAUGACUCAGGAGCAAUUCUUGCAGCCGCACUGCAAGAUGACGACCUUGCCUCUAGUGACGAUGGAGGUGUCGCGAAUCGCGGUAGUGCCGACGAGGACGACGAGAGCGUCGAUGAGGACUUCCACACUGAAUCUGAAUCCGAAGUUGGAGAGGAAUUCGAUUCAGAUCAUGACAGUGGCUCCGGAGACAGCGAUGCUGAGAUGGAGGAUGCAGAUAGCGAGGCAGGGCCAGAUGAGCAGCGGCCAAAGAAGAAACUGAAAACGUCGGACUGAGCGACAUCGCCAGCCACCACUAAAAAAGUGGCUAGGGCUUCCCG